CCGAGGAGUCCAUGGUGCAGAACUUAGCGGCGAACUGACGGAGACCGGGCCUCCUGCGCUGGCGCGGCCGCCGGAACGACGCCUGGACCUCGGCCUGAGGAAACUCCUUCACAAGGAGAGAUGAAGAAGAAAUCUGUAUAUAAUCAGAAUGUGGGUGAUCAGGAGUGUGAAGAUAUGGAAGGUGAAGAAAAUAGAGAUAAUGCUGAUACCUCUGGCUUACUGUACAGUGAAGCAGACAGAUGUCCAAUAUGUCUUAGUUGCCUAUUAGGGAAGGAAGUUGGUUUUCCAGAAAGUUGUAAUCAUGUCUUCUGUAUGGCCUGUAUUCUUAAAUGGGCAGAGAUAUUGGCUUCUUGUCCAAUCGAUCGGAAACCGAUCAGUGCAGUGUUUGAACUCAGUGCAUUUGAAGGUUGUGCUAAGAUUCAAGUAAAAAGAUGGUUGAGAGAAAUAGACGACAAGGAAAAUGAAAGGUCUUUUAAGAAACAACUUUUAUAUCAUGACAGUUCCAAAAGCGACAAAAGAAAAAGAAACACCGUAAGAGAACAUCUAUCAUGUGAAAGGUCUGAUGACUUGAAGGUGUUGUAUAGAAACUUUUCAAACAAUAAAAUGGGUGGAAAGAAAAAUGCUACAGUAAAGACAAAUAAGGUUCAAAGAUCAAAUCAGUGUACAGAUUCUUGUAUCAAAAAUGACACAUCGGGUGUGCUUUCCUGUGGCAGCCACAGUUGGGGACCUCACACCGACAGAGCUUCCUGUACAGAAUCUAUAGAAGUCAAUGAAGUCAGUGCAUUGAUGAGGCAGAAACGACAGGAACUGGAGUUGUCAUGGUUUCCUAAUACAUUACCUGGAAAUGGAAGAGUUGGCUCUGUACCCUGGAGUGUGGAGACAGCAGUUCUUCCUCUGGUUUCCUCGGUGUUGCCAAGGAUGAUUUUUCCAGCAAGUACCAUGUCACUAGAAAAUUUUGGAACUUCUCAUAAGGGAUAUGCAUUAGCACAUACCCAAGGAGGAGGAGAAAAAAAGCAGACUUCAGGCACAUCAAACACCAGAGGAUCAAGACGAAAAACGGCAGCAACUGCUCCUACAAGGAGGUCCACACGCAACACACGAGCUGAGACAGUCAGUCAGUCCCAGAAGUCCCCAGUGUCAAACUACUCUGAGUGUGAUGCCCCAGGGAAUAGUAAUUCCUCUGUAAGUAUUUCCUCUCCAGCUGAACCAGAAAAGCAAACAAGACAGGCUCCAAAACGGAAGUCUGUAAGGAGAGGAAGAAAACCACCUUUACUGAAAAAGAAACUUCGGAAAUCUGUGCCUCCUGCUGAAAAAACAACAUCUAGUGAUUCCGUAGAAGAAGAAACUGUGGACUCUGACACUCCACCUGUGUUGGAGAAAGAGCAACAGUCAUGUGUAGAAAGUAGUAGCAUUUGCUCUGUUCACACAGAUGAAGAGAAUCAUUUGGCUAAGUGCAGUGAACAAACAGAAGAAAAUGAACAAACCAAGAAUCAUGAGAUUGAGGAACAAACAGAAAUAUUAAAUUCUGAAUCCUGCACUCAGUAUCCUCCUGUGCUUGUUGGAGAGGAUACAGGGAUAGAGGCUAAGGAGUUAUGUGUAGACCAUGAUAUUUCUACUGAUACUUCUCUAAGAGGAAGUGAUCCAUUAGAAAAUCAAGAGCAGGUGUCUGGAAGCUCAGAGUCAGAGGUACAGGCACUUGCAUGUACAGAGAGUCCUCCUGAAGAUUUUCUUACACAUCCACUUUCUGACAUUGAAGAACACCAACCAGUGUCCAGUCCCCUGGGUGAAGUAUCUGAUAGCACUGCACCAGUGGUCAGUGAUGAGGGGACAGAGGAAAGUCUCAUAGUAGAAAGUACUGAUUUGAACAAUUCUGUAGUAAACACAGAAGCGUUUGUAGAGAGCCCCAAAAUGGAAUCUUCUGAAGGUGAAAUUCCACAGAGACUGGACAGACACUGUGUUCCCAGCCCAGACGCUGAGUUGCCUGAGCACAUUCAAACAGAAAAUACAGAAAUAAUUCCAACAUGUGGCACUUCAGAAAAUGAAAGUUCUGGUGUUGUUCAAGAUUGUGAAGAUAACUUAUUAAAACAUAAUCAUGACAACACCCAAUUGGAUAUAUCCUUAGAAGAAAAGGCAGACUCUCUGGUUGAACAUCCCACCCAUGCAGAGUUACCUCACAAAGAGGUUGAACAGAGUGAGAAACAUUUCAGUGAAGAUAAUAAUGAAACAGUUCCUAUGGAGUGCGAUUCCUUCUGUAGUGACCAGAAUGAAUCUGAAGUAGAGUCAUUGGCAAAUACUGACUCUAAACAAUUGAGUGAAAAUUCUGUGUCGCACAGUUCUGACAACAAGCUGUCUUCUGAUCCUGUUAUCGAGAAGGAUCCUGUUAUCGAAACUGUAGCUCAGCCAGCUGAGAGCCUAGUGGAUAAAGCCCCAAAGCCUCGUACUCGAAGAUCUAGGUUCCACUCUCCAUCUACAACUUGGUCUCCCAAUAAAGAUGCUGCACAAGAGAAGAGGCGUGCUCAGUCUCCAUCUCCAAAAAGAGAGACUGCGACAGAACGUAAGAAUUCCCAGUCACCGUCACCCAAGAGAGAGCCUGCCAGAGGACGGAGAAAAUCUCGUUCUCUCUCACCGAAAAAAGAUGUAGCAAGAGAAAGGAGGCAGUCUCGGUCUCCAAAGAGAGAGAAUGCUAGGGAAGCUAAAAGGUCUGAGUCAGGCUCCCCAAGAAGAGAUACUUCUAGAGAGAACCAGAGGUCUCAGUCCAGAGUGAAAGAUUCUUCCUCAAGAGAAAAGUCUAGGUCCCGGAGCAGAGAAAGAGAAAGUGACAGAGACGCUCAGAGGAGAGACCGAGACAGAGAGAGGAGAGCUAGAAGACGGUCUCGGUCCAGAUCUCGCUCUCGAUCGCCAUCAAGAGUAAGAACAAAAAGUAAGAGUAGUUCGUCAUUUGGUAGAAAUGAAAGAGAUAAUUACUCUCCUCGGUGGAAGGAAAGAUGGACAAAUGAUGGUUGGAGGUGUCCCAGAGGAAAUGACCGGUACCGGAGGAGUGAUUCAGAGAAACAGAAUGAAAAUACAAGAAAUGAAAAAAAUGACAUCACUGCAGAUACUAAUGAUCCAAGUUCCACAGAUAAGCAUAGAAAUGACUGUCCCAGUUGGGUAACAGAAAAAAUAAACUCUGGGCCAGAUCCAAGGACCAGAAAUCCAGAAAAGUUAAAAGAUUCCCACUGGGAAGAAAACAGAAAUGAAAAUUCAGGGAAUUCUUGGACUAAAAACUUUGGCCCAGGCUGGAUGCCCAGCCGUGGUCGAGGUAGCCGUGGGAAAGGUGCUUACAGAGGUAGUUUUGCCUGUAGUAGUGAUCAGAGCGAGAACAGGUGGCAAAGCCGUACCCCCCUCUCAGGGGGCGACUCUUUCAAGUCUGUGGAGCAGCAGCCCUGUAAGCGGAAAAAUGAGCAAGAUCUGUCCUUCGGCACGCCAGCGGACAGGUCGGGGUGGACAUCUGCAUCUAGCUGGGCAGUAAGAAAGACUCUGCCAGCAGAUGUGCAGAACUACUACUCUCGGCGUGGCAGGAAUUCUUCAGGACCACAGUCUGCGUGGAUGAGACAGGAAGAGGAAACACCUGAGCAGGAUUCUAACUUAAAAGACCAAACAAAUCAAGUUGAUGGUUCUCAGCUGCCUGUAAAUAUGAUGCAGCCACACAUGAGCGUACUGCAGCCUCCAGUGAAUGCCCAGCAUCAGCCUAUGGGUAUCUUCCCAUACCCAGUGGGUGUUCAUGCUCCUAUGAUGAACAUGCAGCGGAACCCAUUCACCAUGCACCCUCCAAUGCCCCUGCAUCUCCACACAGGAGUACCUCUCAUGCAGGUUGCAGCCCCUGCAAGUAUACCUCAGGGACCGCCACCACCACCUCCUCCCCCACCGUCCCAGCAGGUCAGCUACAUCGUGUCACAACCAGAUGGGAAACAAGUGCAGGGCAUUUCGAGUGCUUCUCAUGUAAGUAAUAACAUGAAUACACAAGUGUUGCCUGCUCCGUCAGCAGCCCCAGCAAACAUGGGAUCAGUUCAGGGACCAAGUUCUGGUAAUACUUCGUCAUCAAGUCACGUCCAAGCCUCUAACGCUGCUGUAAAAUUGGCAGAAAGCAAAGUAAGUGUUACAGUGGAAGCCAGCGCAGAUAGCUCGAGGACAGACAAGAAAUUGCAAAUUCAAGAGAAAGCAGCACAGGAGGUGAAACUGGCUAUUAAGCCAUUUUAUCAGAAUAAAGACAUCACUAAGGAAGAGUACAAAGAGAUCGUGCGGAAGGCAGUGGACAAAGUUUGUCAUAGUAAGAGCGGAGAAGUAAAUUCUACUAAAGUGGCAAAUCUGGUUAAAGCAUACGUAGACAAGUACAAAUACUCACGGAAGGGAAGCCAGAAGAAAACUCUGGAAGAACCCAUGUCAACGGAAAAAAAUAUAGGCUGACAGGAGGAGCACUGUCAAGGACACUGUCGCAAUGUCUAUAAAGUGCAAUUCAGCGUGUACCUUACUGAGAUUAUACACAACUGUGAUGGAAAUCUGGUUUUGAUAAAAUUAUUUUUUUUAUUGUAGGAUAUGUUUUGUUCAAAAUACAGCUGUGCACUGCAACUUCUAUAUCUUACCCCAAACCCCAAUAAAACAAAUUCAAGGGAAAACCAAGGGUGUAAUGGAAUGUGCGUUUUUAUCAGGAAUGUGCUCUGAUGUGGAUACUGAAAAAUGGAUAGCUUUUUAGGAGAACAGUGGAAUGCAUAAACCAGAAACUUGUGGAAGAGAUGUCUAUAUCUCUGUAUAAUACAUUUAUUCUGUCAGGCUGAAAAAGUGUGAUGUUAGGACCUCGCCCCUUCUCACUGUAGACAUUUAAACAGUGUAUGACUACUAAAUACAUCUAACACUAGUAGAACAUGCUAAGUACAGGUCCCAGAUACAUUUUUGUGAAGCACAUAUCUGAGUGAGUGGCUUAGAUAGAAGCAAAUCAUCACGAGUAAGAAUUAGCCUCAGACCUGCAGGCACCCCUCACCUUUUCAUCACCAGGUAAAAGGUCACACUGUGCAGCUUUUGUGCUCUUCUCUCCCAAUCUAGGAAAAAGAAAGUUAGUGGUUUGAUGUGCUACAUUACAACUUUGCAGCUCACAGCUUUGUUGAAUUCAGAAGACUAAUUUGGGAAAAAGCUACUUCUUUAAAAAACAAAACCAAACCCAGCUGUGCUCUUCCCUAUACCUUCCUAUAUACAUCAGUGAUGUUAGAUUAUUUGUGCCAACUAGAGAAAGGCUCCCUUUGGGAGGGCUAGCAUGGAAUACAAGACCUGCUUCCUUGGCUUCAGGUUGCUGCUCCCCUUGUCAUGGUAUCAUAGUGAGAUUCUUCCCACACUUAAGAAGUUCCCUAAUGGUUUACAGUGAAUAAAGUGUUAAUUUGUUAAAGUGUGUCUGACAGAAGAAAGGAAGAUUAAUAGCAUUAAAAGUAAUGCUAUUUUUUACAUAGGUAUAAGGGACUAGAGUUUUUUGGUUUUUGGGUUUUUUUUUUAAAAGCAUUGAGAUAUGUUAAUAUGCUGAUGCUUAUGAAAAGUAAGUUCGCAGCGCUUAUGGCACUGUUACUUUGAUUGACAUCUAGAAAGAAAAGCCUGUCUAUGACAAACUUUGAUCGCAGUUACAAUUUUCAAUAGAUACUAAAUAGCUGAGAUGCCGUCCCAGUAAUAUGGUGAUGGAUCAGGGUAAGCUCACUGAGGCCUUCCAUUCACUAACAAGGACAGCGGUCAGUCGCUGUGAGACUGUACUAGAGUACAGGCAAACAUAAUGCUUUCUAUCUAGCUUUGAAAGGAAGGCUAAUUUUGAGAUUUUAGCCCAUAGUGAGUACACUAGGAACAAGCUUUGUUAGGUUAUGGUUACAGUCCUAAGACAUUUCCAAAAGGUUUUGAUCUUCAUUUCUACAUUUCUUGGCAUUUAUGAUGUAACAUUUUACAUUUUUAAUUAAAGUUUGUGUUUAGAUUAUGAUGGCAGAAGAAGUUUGGAAGACAGUUCCAAACACCAGUGGCACGCCGUGUUCUUUCAGUUCAGGGUCCCUGAACAGUGGUACGAACUUGGUGUGGCAGCGCUGUCUGUCCUCAUUAGUGAUGCAGCACAUGCGCUCCCUGCAUUGUUCUGCUGACUCCUGGGGGUUAAAUGUCGACUUAAGUUUUGUUUUAUACCAUUUAGCUCUUGCUAAACAUGUGUUAGCGUUUGGGGGAAAAGUGGAGGUUGUGUGAAGUGUUAAGGGCCCAUGCUUUGUAGAGCUCCACUGUUGUUGAAAUUAAACAGGUAUGUGUUCUGUAUCUGGUAGGGCACUUCAGAAUAAUUAUUCAGAAUAGCUAACUAUUCAGAAUAGCUGCUUAUUUCUAAUAUAUUCUAACACUAGAAUAUAUUCUGACUGGAUUAGAAAUGUAUUAGAAAUAUAUUCAGACUGAAGUAGAAAACGCAUGCUUUGUGUUAAAAAAGAGCAUUCCUUUUGCAUUCUUGGGCUUUUUUUUUUCCUCUCAGAAAUCCACAUUAGUUUUGCACGUAUAUGAACUUAACACAGUUUGGGGGAUUGCAGGUCCUCUUGGUUGUUACUCAGUAUUGACUUGGCCUUUGGAGCCAUGGACCCUUUAACUUGCCAGUCACAGGGAUCCAUGUGUUGGGUUGUAGAAACGCCAGGAUAUGCACUCAUUAUUUAACAUUCCAAAGGUUUUGUAAUUGUUUGUUGCUAUUCUGGUAACUGGCUGCUACGUCUUCUCCAUUAUCUGCCUUCAAAUGGCCAUGAUGUGUUCCGCUGACCAUUCCACCCAGAGCCGUGGCUUCAAGCACAGUGGCUGCCCUGAGUUUGAGACAGUAUGACUUGCAGUGUUGUCUGCUGAAACACUUUAAAGCCAGAUUGUGGUCUGUAAUAUAUCCUAAUACUUUUUUUUUUUGCUAAACAAAGUAGUAUCUUUAAAAUUUUAUUAAGUUUUCUGAGAAAUGAUGACUUUUAUAUCAAUUUAAACCAUUUCCAAUGUGUUGAAGUAUUUCUUGGAUUUUUACCAAAGUAAUGAGCAUCAUGAUCACAUUAAUAUCUAGGCAAUAAAAAGGUCAGAGUUAGCUAUAAACAUAUAUUUUAAUAGUUUUCCUAAUUAAAUUAAUCACUGUAGGAAAUUUAAAACACUGAGUAAUUUCUAAAGAUGGAAGAGACUGGAAAGCAAAAAGAAAUUCUGUAAUUCUACCAAAGUUAACUUCUUCCAAGCCUGGCUUCAAUGCACAUUAUAUGUUAUGACCUAUUCUUUUCAAUUAAUGUAUUGAGAAUAUUCCAUUUUAAUAAAAAUUAACUUGACAGCAUGA